AUGGCUCUCAAAAAUGGUUAGACCUUUGUUUUGGUUCUAAAUUGUUUUUAUUUUAUUACAGGGGACCUGAUCAAGUAUUCAUCUUUAAUAGUCUUGGUGGUUCAGAACUGUUCUCUAGUUCUUUGCAUGAGAUAUGCUACCACGGGAAACAGGGCAAAGUUUUUGAAGGUUACUUUUAAGUCCAGACCAAAGUUCAUGAACAUUUUCAGACAAUUUGCGUAUUUUUCGGCGAGAUUUUCAAACUGUUGGCCAGUCUGCUUCUUGUUAUGAUCCAGGAGCGCAGCAUCAAAAAGUGAGCAGUUCGAACCGAAAUAUAAACAAAAAAUUUUUCUGUUGGAAGAAUUUCUUUCUUAGGAAAAAAUGCAGAGUUAUAGUAAUUUGGGAGUUUGUCUGGAAAAGAAGACAUUUGCUUCGAAUUGAAAGAAAAAAUCAUCAUUCUAAUAUAUUUUCCAGGGGCUUUUGGGUUGUCUAUGAUCAGUUUUUCAAUCACUGGCGCGACGCGUUGAAAGUUAGUUCAAUAUCUGAAAAAUUGAAAAAUAAAAGAAGAUUUGAAGGUUUUGGUCCCGGCAGCCGUGUACACUGUGCAAAACUUCUUGCUUUAUGUGGCUGUGGAAAAUUUGCCAGCCGCUACUUAUAUGGUUCGUUUUUUCUCAGCUAAAAAAGUUUUCUUUUUUCACGAAAAUCUGAGCUUUUUCGAGUGUUGCGCUCUCUUGUUCCAUUCCCAGUUCGCUUGAUACUUGGGAAAAAAAAAAGUUUAAAAGCCACUUUAAGGUGUUUGAAAUUUUAUUGGUCACUAUAAUAUUCGAAUUAGUGGCCACUUAAGCGGCUAAAAUUUAGUGGCUUUUUUAUAAGUCUAAGUGGGACUAUUAGACCACGAAAAACUCCUAUAGUGGUUACUAACCCAAAAAAUAAGGACUUUCAUAGAAGUGCUUUCAAUAGCCACUUUAAUGUCUUCUUCAAGCAGUCCUUGAGGAACCUCUUAAGCGGCCACUGGAGUUUUCUCAAUAUUUCGUAAAUUUUAUCCUUUUUUCUUAUUUUUAUUACUACAACACCUCUCGGACGAUCGUAUGCUUUUAGUAAAUUCUUGACAAUUCACAGUUUUUUUUGGCGCCAUCAAAAUAAGCUUUUGCAGGUGACCUACCAGCUGAAGAUCUUAACGACAGCCGUUUUCACAGUUCUCGUCCUGAAACGGAAACUUUCGUUGCAACAGUGGCUGGCUCUUCUCAUUCUAUUCGCGGGAGUCGUUGUUGUUCAAUAUGUGAGUUUUCAACAAAUUAGUGCGUUUAAAUCGAAUUUGAGGACCAAAAAAUUUCGGAUGAUCGGGCCAAGGAAGCCGCAAAACCUUCUGGAAGUGUUUCUUCGACUUUGGCGCCUGCAAUCAACCCGACUUUUGCCUCAAUUGUGAGCUUUUCUUCAUUUUAAUACAGAUAGUUUUGGUCUUAAUAUUCAUUCUAAUUUUUGCAAACUGCAGGUCCCGGAAAACUCCACGAUGGCUGAAAUUCUGGAGCAAGUCAACGUCAGAUCGAAACGUGAUACCCACCAAGACCAGAAUUCCAUCCUCGGUAAUAUUUCUCUCAGAAUAUUCACCUAAUUUUUAACUUUCACAGGUUUUAUUGCUGUCCUUAUCGCCUGCUUCUUGUCUGGCUUUGCUGGAAUCUACUUUGAGAAAAUCUUGAAAGGUGAAAAGUUUCAUCGGAGUAGGAUAAUCUUGUCCUGAAACAUUUUUUUAUUAGUUGUGUGAAGCGAAUAGGAUUCUUUGAGAGGGAAAUUAAAGAAAUUCGGAUUUUAAGAAUAUUUUUUUGAUGUAAUGAGCUUGUUUGAAGAUAUUGAUAUAAUAUUUGAAAGUGAAUAGUUUAGGAUCUGAUGUGUCUAUCUGGGUCAGGAACAUUCAACUCGCCUUGCCGUCCAUCUUUUUCGCCUUGCUUUUUUUGCCUUUGUGAGUUUUUUUGGGGGGAUUAAGAGCAGAUGUCUAGUAGGAUAUUUGUACGGAAAUUGGCUCCGAAGAUCAAUCGAUUCAUUUUUCUUUUGAAGCAUAUCCGUUAAAGAUAAACGCAAAUAUCAGAAAUUUUUAAUCUUUAUCUGAACAUUUCACUUUAUUCUGAAACAGUAGAAAAACAAAGUUUAAUCAUUAUUUUUUUUAGGCGGUUCUGUCGGAAAGCUUUUUGAAGUCAAUUAAAUCGGUCUUUGAUGAACUAAAUUAAAAAUCCGGGCAGCUAAGUCCGGCAAAAUUUAUCAUUGUUUUUUUCAAAAAAGUUAACUCGUUAGUCGCUUGCCUAAACUCUUAGAAAAAAGAAUCAUAGAUUCAAAAAGAGUUGAAAAACUGGCCGCAUACUGUAGACUUCCAAGAGCUUCAUCUGGUGAAAAGCUCUAUUUUCGGUCAAUCUUCAGAUAUUUCCAAAGUCGAGUAUAACGACCCUUUUUUCCUUUAUUCCUUCAAACGACAAUCUUAUAACAAUUUUUCAAGGUAA